UUAGAGAAUAACCCCAAUUCGACUCCAUUAUUGCUUAUGCAUUACUUUGGUUUGCUUAGUAAAUUUUGUUACUCCUAUAUAUAUUCUGUGGUUUAAGUUUUCUUAGUCUUCAGCAUGGCUGUUUUAAGAUCUAACUGUGAAGCUUAGGACUCAAUGAAGUUUAUUCUUUUUCUGAUGAGUAUCAUAGUUUAUAUACUGUUUUUCUCAUCUCUCAUAGUUUUCACAGCAGGAGAAACUUCAUCCAUCACACAAUCCCAGUCCCUCAGUUACGGAAAGACCCUAGUUUCCCCAAGUGGAAUCUUCGAACUCGGUUUCUUCAAUCUUGGAAAUCCGAACAAAAUCUACCUUGGGAUUUGGUACAAGAAUAUUCCACUUCAGAACAUGGUUUGGGUUGCAAACAGUAGCAUCCCAAUAAAGGAUUCUUCUCCAAUUUUGAAGCUAGACAGUUCUGGCAAUUUGGUCCUUACACACAACAACACUAUUGUUUGGAGCACAAGUUCUCCAGAAAGGGUGUGGAAUCCGGUGGCAGAGCUCUUGGAUUCUGGCAAUCUUGUGAUAAGAGAUGAGAAUGGAGCAAAGGAAGAUGCAUAUCUGUGGCAAAGUUUUGAUUACCCUUCUAAUACUAUGCUGCCAGGAAUGAAGAUUGGAUGGGACCUCAAAAGAAAUCUUAGUACUUGCCUGGUAGCUUGGAAGAGUGAUGAUGAUCCAACCCAAGGAGACUUAUCUUUAGGCAUUACCCUGCACCCUUAUCCUGAGGUCUAUAUGAUGAAUGGAACAAAAAAGUACCAUAGACUUGGACCAUGGAAUGGCUUGCGUUUCAGUGGCAUGCCACUUAUGAAGCCUAAUAACCCCAUUUACCAUUACGAGUUUGUCUCCAACCAGGAAGAGGUUUAUUACAGAUGGAGCCUAAAGCAGACUGGUUCAAUAUCAAAAGUGGUACUUAACCAAGCCACACUAGAACGUCGUCUUUAUGUAUGGUCAGGGAAAUCAUGGAUUUUAUAUUCAACGAUGCCACAAGACAACUGUGACCAUUAUGGAUUUUGUGGAGCCAAUACAUAUUGCACCACUUCUGUAUUACCAAUGUGUCAAUGUUUAAAUGGGUUCAAGCCUAAGUCUCCUGAGGAAUGGAACUCAAUGGACUGGUCUGAAGGAUGUGUCCAGAAACAUCCACUUAGCUGCCGAGAUAAGCUCAGUGAUGGGUUUGUACCUGUGGAUGGCUUGAAAGUGCCGGAUACUAAAGAUACAUUUGUGGAUGAGACCAUUGAUCUAAAACAAUGCAGAACCAAGUGCUUGAAUAAUUGUUCCUGCAUGGCAUAUACCAAUUCAAAUAUAAGUGGAGCAGGCAGUGGCUGUGUUAUGUGGUUUGGUGAUUUAUUUGACAUCAAACUGUAUCCAGUUCCAGAGAAUGGGCAGAGUCUAUAUAUAAGGUUGCCUGCGUCAGAAUUAGAGUCUAUCAGGCACAAGAGGAACUCUAAAAUAAUAAUUGUAACCUCCGUUGCUGCAACUUUAGUAGUGACGCUUGCUAUUUAUUUCGUCUGCAGAAGGAAAUUUGCCGAUAAGUCAAAGACAAAAGAGAACAUUGAAAGUCACAUAGAUGACAUGGAUGUGCCAUUGUUUGAUCUGCUAACUAUCAUUACUGCCACCAACAAUUUUUCGUUGAAUAAUAAGAUUGGACAAGGUGGUUUUGGACCUGUAUAUAAGGGAGAAUUAGUGGAUAGGCGACAAAUUGCUGUCAAGAGACUAUCAACUAGCUCUGGACAAGGAAUAAAUGAGUUCACAACAGAAGUAAAACUGAUUGCAAAGCUUCAACACCGAAAUCUUGUAAAGCUCCUUGGCUGUUGCUUUCAAGAACAAGAAAAAUUACUAAUAUAUGAAUACAUGGUUAAUGGCAGCCUAGACACCUUCAUUUUUGAUCAAGUGAAAGGUAAAUUACUGGAUUGGCCCCGGCGCUUCCACGUAAUAUUUGGAAUUGCUAGAGGACUUUUGUAUCUCCAUCAAGAUUCCCGAUUAAGGAUUAUUCAUAGAGAUCUCAAAGCAAGUAAUGUUUUACUUGAUGAAAAUUUAAAUCCAAAAAUAUCAGAUUUUGGAACGGCAAGAGCUUUUGGAGGAGACCAAACUGAAGGAAACACAAAAAGAGUAGUUGGGACUUAUGGAUACAUGGCCCCAGAAUAUGCUGUUGCUGGACUAUUUUCAAUCAAAUCGGACGUUUUCAGCUUUGGCAUUUUAUUGUUGGAGAUUGUAUGUGGGAUAAAAAAUAAAGCUCUUUGUGAUGGAAACCAGACUAAUAGCCUUGUUGGUUAUGCAUGGACACUUUGGAAAGAGAAAAAUGCUUUACAGUUGAUUGACUCAAGCAUAAAGGACUCGUGUGUUAUCCCAGAAGUACUGCGAUGCAUCCAUGUUAGUCUCUUGUGCUUGCAACAAUACCCUGGGGAUAGACCAACCAUGACAUCAGUAAUUCAAAUGUUAGGGAGUGAGAUGGAACUGGUUGAGCCAAAAGAGCUUGGUUUCUUUCAAAGCAGGACUUUGGAUGAAGGAAAAUUAAGCUUUAAUCUAGACCUAAUGACUUCAAAUGAUGAGUUAACCAUUACCUCAUUAAAUGGCCGGUGAAAGUUAUUGAGCCAGCUGAAAAUAUUGCACUGACGCACAAUUUGAUUGCAAGUUCUUAAAGUGAUAUUAUUUCUUUUCCAUGGGCAAACAACUGAUAUUAAUAGCAUAAAAGUUGCAUGUUGUGGUAAAGGAUUCACUGUCCCUGCCGAUUGCAUCACUACAUAGUAGAACCUUAGCCACGAAUUACAUGUUAGUCUGUUACUGGUGACUGGAGGAUAGGCCUAACAUGAUGCUAGAAGCUGAAUUAACAAAAAAAAUACGAUAAGAAGAUAAGUGAAACAAGUCACUGGCAUUGAUCAACACCGAAACAAUUCUGCCACUGCAAGGUGAUGGAAGUACAAUUUCAGGACGUCACAAUGAUAGUGAAAGCUGCUAUGAUAAUUCAUAUAUUUUAAUAUCCUUUUUGCUAAAGUUUGUAUUGAUGUGUUUUAUUCGGAGUAAGCAAUAAUGUAGUAAUUCUAAUGUUUUAGUUUUCUUUGUUCUUAUAGUUUUUCACUCUCAGCCGUGAGUGACUAAACUCUGUAAUCAAUCUUUGGAUUUUAAUAUCAUGUGUGUUGACUUGA